AUGACCGGUCUCUCCUCGACAAACAUCUCGAAGGAGACAGUGACAAAGCUAGAGCAUGCGCCGUGGCCUGAGGAAGCGACUUUGCUUCAAACAAGAACUGGCAAAGUCAAGAAAGCCGCCCUAGGAGGAGAAAUCACAUCCGCGAUUUACAAGAAGGAAUGUGAUGGACCAAUCUUUUGCGGAUCAACUGGAUUGCAGGGCGAUGAACACGCUGCUCAGUCACACGGCGGCACAGAGCGAGCAGUGCAUCAGUAUGACUCAAGCCACUACCCUGACUGGCGAUCAGAACGAGUUCCGAAUCCUCACCUGUAUGAGACUGGUGCGUUUGGGGAGAACAUAACUACGACAGCUUUGAGCGAACACAACGUUUGCAUUGGGGACAUAUAUCAACUUGGCAGUGAAGUCUUGCUGGAGGUCAGCGAACCGAGACAUCCAUGUUUCAAGCUCAAUGCACGCUUCGAGUACCCGAGAAUGUUGAAGCGAACCAUAAAUACCGGACGUUCAGGCUGGAACAUGCGAGUACUGAGGAGCGGAUAUAUUUGCAAGAGCGACAAAAUGGUUCUGUUGGAGCGACCGUAUCCGGAGUGGUCCAUCCUCAACGUGCAACGAGUGAUCAGAAGCAAGCAUGUCUCCCUCCACCUCCUUUCGAGAUGCAUCCAGCUUCCCAUGCCUGAUCUGUGGCUGGGAAUUGCCAACAAUAGAUUGAGGCGCGCUCCGAAACCGUAUAUCCUAGUUGACGCCGAGCUCAUUACGCCACGCGUCCGGAAACUCACUUUCGAACUGAAGGAACCACUCGUGUUGACAGAGCCCGAGUUCGACUCUUUCGCAUUUGCUAUGAUCACCUUUGGACCCGAUGGCAAGUUCAGCCGAUCUUACUCCAUUGUUGAAGGCAACCUAUACAAGUUCACCCUUUGCGUAUCUCUUGACCGCAAUUCUAGAGGAGGCUCGGCGUACAUUCACGAGGAAAUCAAGGUUGGGGAUGAGAUUACUAUGGCACCAGGAGACAAUCCCCUUGCCAAGGAGAACUAUCAAAGGUGUGACCAAGGACCUCCGCAUAUUCUGAUCGUUGGAGGCAUUGGAAUCACUGCUUUUAUCCGAUUGAUUGAGGACUGUGAGAAGAAAGGCUUUCCUUGGCAUCUACAUUACGCUGUACGCAGUCAAAAGGAUGCAGCCCUCCUGAACCGUCUAGCCAAAGACAAAACAACACUGUAUGCAUCCGAGGAGGGAAAGAAGCUUGAUAUCAAAGCUAUCAUUCCAAGGCUGGAUGCUGACGGCAAACCGAAAGCCCGGAUUUUCUCAUGUGGGCCAGGACGCAUGAUGAAGGAAUGUUCCCGCAUUACUGGCGAGUACGGCUACCCUGAGCACAUGGUUCAUUACGAAGAUUUUGGCAGUGGAGAAGGAGGUGACUUUGGCGAUCCUUUUGAUGUCGAGGUUUAUGACCAAGAUGAGAACAGACACGAUCACCUGACUGUUCCAGCGAAUAAGUCACUGCUCGACGUCCUAACCGAUGCUGGUUUUGAUGUCACCGCCUCGUGCCUGCACGGUGCGUGUGGCGCAUGCAAGGUCACACUAUAUCAAGGAGAGGUUGACUAUAAGAGCACGUGCCUUCUCUCGAACCAGAAGGGACACGCUCUUCAAAGCUGUGUUGAUCGGGGAAUCGGGAAAAUCAAGAUAGAGAUAGAAUAG